GCUCUGCUGCUUCAUGGCUCUCUCCCUGAAGAGGACCAGGAGGCAACCGCCAACUACGGAGACAGUCGAGCCAAUCCUGAACAGCAACUGGUUUUAAUCCGGAGCCGUUUGGACCAAAGUGUGGAAGAGGCCCUUGAUCUUAAGAGGGAGCUUCUGAGACACAAACAGGAAGUGCGCCAUGUCCAGGCCAUCAAGGAUGCUCUGCAGCAGCGCCUGGCAGUGCAGGAGGACACUGUGCUGCAGCUCAAGCAGGAGCUGCUCAGGUGCACCAUGGCCAAAGAUCAGCUGGAAGGGGAAAAUGCAGAGCUCAAACACAAAUUGAGUGAACGGAGCAAAUUACUGAGCGAAUAUGAGCAGGUCGGGAGGAGGGAGCGAUUAAUGCAGCAGCAAAAGCCUGAUGAAGCCCCAUAUAAAGCACAUGAAGUCAACCUUGGACGGGGGGAGGAGCUGCAGCUGGUGAGAGAAGCACUGCGCAGUUUGCGAGACAGUUUCUCUGGUCAUGACCCGCAGCAUCACACAUUGGACACUUUGGAGCAGGGCGUGGCCAGUCUCAUGGACCGCCUACACUCCCUGGACACCCAGCUUAGACAGGACAGAGGGGAGGAUUUCAAAUCACCAGGACGCAGGGCAAACUCCACAGACCGUGACUCUUGGCCACAAGGCUCAAAAAUGGCACACUCCCAAAGCAGCCCGGGGUUGGACACAGCCGUCUCCACCAAAGUGCUCUACUUCACUGAUCGCUCGCUCACCCCCUUUCUGAUUAACAUCCCAAAAAGGCUGGGUGAGGUGACACUGAGAGACUUCAAGGCUGCUGUGGACCGGCAAGGCAGUUUCAGAUACCACUUCAAAGCCCUUGACCCGGAGUUUGGCACCGUCAAAGAAGAGGUUUUUCAAGAUGGAGCAGUUGUACCUGGCUGGGAGGGGAAAAUUGUGGCAUGGGUUGAAGAAGACCAUGGAGAAAGGAGGUAGACCGCAGAACUAUAAACCUCAAAACUCACUGGACUGAAUAUAUGAACCACUAUGUUAUUAUUUGUGAUUGUGAUUUAACAAUGCUUUAAGAGGUACAAGACAAUGACCUGGGACCAAUGGAUGUAACCUGAUUUUUAAAAAUGAAGUUCUCAAACUCACUAUUUAAUACAAAAUGUAAUUAAAUGCAUUUUUAUUGCAUAUUCAAGCAAAGCACAUCUCACAAAGUUCAUCUCAUGCACAUUAAGAUAAUGAUUGUUAAAUAGUUUGUAAUGUAAUAUGUUGGAGUUUGACAAGGUACGCUACAUGACAACUCAAUCUUGCCACUCAAAUCUUGUAUAAGCUCUUAUGUGCAAAGUUUGCCAAGCUUACAGUGGUGUAAACUGUUUCACCCACAUGUUCAUGUUGCCAAAUAGUGUUCCAUGUUUUAAUUAAUAAACACAA